GCUGGCAGAGUUUGAGCUCAUUUGUGGCCCACACCGCGUGAAAGUUGUACGUUCUUCAGGCAGACGAGUCCGCGCAUUUCCGAACGGUCAUUCAAAAAGAAUACGGAGAAACUUUAGAAUUUUAAAUGUAUAAUUAGAGGCAGCUCACGUGUGUUGAGUGUGUGUUUGUGUGUGUACAUAUACGUACAUACAAUAUAUUAUGUGUUAACUUCUGGCUAACAACGCGCAUACUAACGGUGUUUUUGUACAAAUGAGCAUGUGUAUGGCUUAAAAGUCUUGACCUAAUUUCCACUUAACUGACAUUCCAGUCUUAUUUAUUUACAUAUUGUUGUUGUUGUCCUCUGUUUGUUUCCCCUCGCAGAAGAAGCGUCACAAUUUAGUGCUUUAAAGUGAAAUUGCAUGUUGUUGCUGUGAAUUUCUGUUGUACGAGUACAUUAAUUUCGAAUUUCUUUGCAUUGCACUUUCGCUGGCAAAGUUUGUCGCGUAUUUGGUGAAGUAUUCGUACGACGCAAGGCAGAUAGUGCCCUUUUACGAGCAAAUCAGUGCUAAUUAGGAGUGGCUUUGAAGAGGUGCUAACUGACAUUUUGUGAAAAAAUCUAACACUUUUACUUUCCGCAAGGUGAAAAUAAACACUAACAACAUGUUUAAACUCAGUUUAUUUACGCUUUUGACGAUAAUCAGCUGGAUUUCGGCAAACGCUCAGGAGGAUGAACAGCCGUAUUACCUACAACAGUGUCCGCGUGAUGAGGAAUAUGUUAACGAAUGCCUGCGUGACAGUGGCAACAAAUUAGUACAUUACCUGCGACAGGGUGUACCUGAAUUGGAUAUUUUCGAAAUUGAGCCGGUCGUUAUUGAUGAAAUUGGUAUUGUUUUGGGUAGCGGACCAGACGGUUAUCGUGCCUUAUUCCGGAAUAUUCAAGCAUAUGGAGUUAGCAAUAUCACAGUAACGAAUGUACGUUCCGAUUUGGAGACCUUACAAUUCCAAUUGACUUGUGAAAUUCCGCACAUCAAAGUGCGCUCGCAAUAUCGUUCGACCGGAGUUUUGAUCUUGGUGAAAGCCUCGGGUGCUGGUGACUAUUGGGGCGAAUAUGAUGGAGUCAAAGCGAAAAUAUACUUCAAAGCCAUUCCCAAUUUGGCUGAAGAUGGACGCACGUAUUUAACAGCCGAUCAGGUUAAAAUGGAUUUCAAUGUGAAAGAAAUCAAAAUGGGCGUUGAUAACAUUGCCAACGGCAAUACAGUGAUACAGGCUGCCCUGAAUCUCUUUAUCAAUUCCAACGCGCAGGAGUUGUUGAAGGAAAUGAAGCCGGCGCUACGGACCAAACUUACGCAAGUCAUACGCAAUUUCAUGGAUAGAAUUUUCGCGAAAAUACCGUUGGAUCUGUGGAUUAACUUGAAUUAGUGGUGAAGUUAGGGUAGAGGUCUGGCGCAUAUUAUAUAAAAUUAACACUUACCAGUUAAUUAGUUUAGCGGUAAUUUAACGUUUAUUUAGCGAUUACUCAGUACUAGUAUUUACUUGCGUUAAUUGUUUAAGAUAUAAAUAGAUAAACACAUAAUUCUUAAAUAAUAACUAUUCGACAAAAUAAAUUCAAUGAAUGGAAAAUUGCUUUGUACAUACAUAUAAUUACGAGUACAUACAUAUGAACAUCGUACGGUACAAGUAUGAUUAUAAGAAAACUACUAUUAUAAUUCUUCUAAUAAAAUUAAUAUACAUAAAAAUAGAUGCAAU